AUGGAUAACAGUAGUGAUGUUCCAGCAUGUGUUCAGCCACCACAAAAAUUCAAGAGAAAUUUACUAUCUUCCCAUGCCGAUCAUACACCACCACCAUCACCAUCACCAUCACCAUCACCAGCUGAAUCACCAUACUGUUCACCUAUCCAACCUCAGUCAUUUGAUAAUGCUCCUAAUAAUGAACGAAAUUUACAUCAUGCUCACUCAUCGGAUGAAAAUUAUCACGAUGAAUCUCUUGCUCAAGAAAGUGAACUUGUCACUCAAGAAGGGCUCUUGAAAAUAGAGCCUUUUGGCAAUGAGUUUAAUCCAUGUAUUGCUAUUCGUCAUAAAAAUUGUAUAUGGAAACCUCAACACAAUGCAAGAAUUCGUCAAAUUUUUGAAAUUAAAGGGAGUGAUCGAUUAAGAUCGUUGAUGAAUCAGAAGAGACGCAAUUAUUCAAAAGACCCUAACCAUGUACCAAAAUAUAUUCCUGAACCCGUUUGGCAUCAACUAUUACAUUAUUUUGCUACAGAUUCGAAAUUUAAGAAUUGGUCAGUAGCAAAUACUGUGAAUCGAGCAUCAAAUGCUGGAAGUUCCAUGCAUACUGGUGGUUCCAUAUCUAUGGGUGAACAUGCACGCAGAAUGGGUGAAUUCAAAAAGCGAAAGACAGAACUUUCUCAAGUAGCUUUAUCCUUGGAUAAUGAGGGAGAUGUUGAGGCAUCUAAGGAAAGCCUAGAUAUACUAGAUGAUUAUACUGUUUGGAAUGAAGUUGUGACAAAGGGAAAAAAGAAAGCUGCUUUUGGUUUAGGUUCUUUUGGUUUAGAUCUCUCUUCAAAGUUGGAUUCCAGAAAUUGUUCAGAGACAUCCAAAGACAAUCUAAAUAUUGAGCAAGAACUUCACAUGUGGAAAGAAAAAGCAAAUGAGCAAGAAAUGAUCAAUGAAGAGCAAAAGGUUAAGUUGAAAGAUGCUGAGCACAAGUUAAAAGAUCAAGGACGUCAACUAAAAGUUCAACAGAAAAGAAUUGGUUCUACUGAAAAGACAAUUCAUGCUUUGUAUAAAAAGUUGAAUCUCCCACUUCCUUCAACCUUGUCUGAUCCUACGGAAGAUGAGUUUGGGACAAGCUCUAGUGAUGAUAACAUGAGUGAUUGAUA